AUGUGCUCCGGCUGGCGCCUCUCGCCCGCCCGCCGCUGGCUGCUGCCGCUGGCGGCGGCCCUGCUGGCGUGCCCCGGCAGCCUCGCGGAGCGCACGCGCGCGACCUUCCACCUGGAGCCCUCUGCGCGCCAGCCGCCCGGCGCGCCGCCUCUGCCGCGCGAGGGCGCGCGGGCGCCGGGGGCCGCGGCCUCGGCGCUCGCGGCGGCGCCAGCCGGCGGCGCCCCCCCCGACGCCUCCGCCCCCUGCGCGAUCGGCGGGAUGGUGUGCAGCGGCACGGGGGCCGUGCCGGCGCAGCUGCAGCGGGCCGCGGAGCUGAGCGUGCCGGCGUGCGCCCUGCUGCUGGGGUCGGCGCUGCUGCUCCUGGGGCGCCGCAUGCCCGGCCUCGUCGCUCUGUACUUCGGCGCGCAGGCGGGCUUCAGCCUCUACAUGCGGGUGGUGCUGUCCGACGCCGAGAUAUCCCGCGCCCUCGGCAUGCGGGGGGUCCCCGUCGCGUUCCUCGUCACGGCCAUGCAGCAGAUGGUGGCCUUCCUGGUGCUGGCGGCUGCCGCAGCGGCUCUUUGGUUUACGCCGUGGCGGUACAGGUUCAAGAGCCUCGAGACGCCGAGGGAGUGGGCCGCCGUGGUCUGUGCCUCCGCGGCGUUUGCCGCCAACUUGGGCCUCAACAACCUGAGCCUCUCGUAUCUGCCGAUGUCGCUGAACAUCACCAUACGGUCCUGCCUGCCGCUGGUCACCCUGGCGCUGCAGCUGAUCAUCUCGCGGUGCCGGCUGGGAGGCACGCCGCCAGUGUCCUGGAAGGAUGUGGGAUUCAUGUCGCUCGGGGUGCUGUGCGCCUGUCUGGCCACCCUCGCCAGGGGCGAGGGCUCCGGCUCCCCGCAGGAGUGGGGCCGCCUGUGUUUUGGGGUGGCCGCGUGCUGCCUGUCCUGCGCAGCGGCGGCCGCCAGCCUCUUGCUCGUGGCCGCCCUGGGUCAGAAGAUGGACUUGAACUAUGUGGACUCGGCAUUCUACAUGGCGCUUCCGGCUGCGCUCUGCCUGCUGCCCCCGGCCGUCCUGGCGCCCCACCUGGUCAACUGGCCAGGCUUCGAGAGCGUGACGGACGUGCAAAUCUUCAGGGUCGUCCUGGAGCUGAGCCCGGGCACCCUGGCCUGGCUGGUCUUGUCUGGUGUCUUUGCUUUGGCUUACAACGUGCUGCAGUUCCAGCUCGUCCAGGACUUCUCCGCCACCCACGCGGCACUCGCCGGCAACUUCAACAAGUCUGCGACCAUCAUCCUGUCCGUCUGCUUUGGCAUGGAGUCGCUGCCCCAGAGGCCGUGGGACCGUGUGAUGCUGCUCGCUCUGGUGGUCAACGUCUGCGCCUUCACCUGCUACAGCAGGCGCUGCCCAGGCGAACACCCCAGCGGUGGCCAGGAGGGCGGCGCGGACGCCGCGGAGCUGGCUGCCAGGAAGGCUGGCGGUGCUCCGAGGGCGCUGGACGGUGCGUCGCAGCCCACUGCCUGUGCCGCGCCCGCCCGAGUCGUGUGA